AACAUCAUGAUUUGUAAUCUUCGCUCCUUAGCCCCAAAAGUGGAAGAACUCGAGUGCGUAAUGGAGCAUAACGGCGUUGAUAUUGCCUGCAUUACGGAAACGUGGCUGUCUGAUGAGAUCUCUGAUUCCCAAGUGUCCCUGAAGGAUUUUACACUCUUUCGGAAAGAUCGCCCAUCUCACGCUGGUGGAAUAGCAACCUAUAUUAGAUCCGUUAUUCCCUGUGUACGGUUGUCGGAGGCUGAACUCUCAGGUGCUGUUUCGGAGACAAUGUGGAUCCACGUCAAACCAUUCCGGCUUCCUAGAUCGGUGUCCACCAUUCUCAUAGGAGUCAUAUAUCACCCUCCUCAUGCAUCUGCGGAGGAUAAUAACAUGUUGUAUUCACAUGUUCAGGAGACUGUUGACCGUUUUUUGCGGUCUCACCCUGAAGCUUUGGUUUGUGUGACUGGUGACUUUAAUCCUACAUCGACCAAAAUUUCACCUGUGCCGUUCAAGAGAUCCGCCGGCCUCACCCAAACUGUGAAUGUCUUAACCCGCGAUACUGGGACACUGGAUUGGUGCCUGACUAACAAUCCUAAAUGCCUCCAAGUUCCCAAACAGCUCCCAAAAAUUGGCCGCAGCGAUCAUUACGGCGUUCUUAUUCAACAAGCCCCGCCAAGUCAAAAGGGUGUCAAAUGCACGAUAACCAAACGAGACACGAGGGACAGCGCCCUGCGGGGGUUUGGAAGUUGGAUUACGUCAUUUUCUUGGGAUGAGGUAUAUUGUCUCGACAAUUGCAAGGAAAAGUUCGAACUUUUCUAUCAGAUCCUGUCAGAUGCGAUAAACCAAUUCCUGCCACUCAAGACGUUCCGCGUCCAUUCCACGGACAAGCCUUGGAUUUCGACAAAAACAAAAUCCUUUGUCGCCCGAAGACAGCAUGCCCUUGUGCGGUAUGGAAAGGACUCUCCAGCAUUCAAAAUGUGGAGGAAUAAAGUUCAAAAGGCUAUUUCAUCUGCCAAAAAGUCCUUCUAUAAUAGCAAGGUCAAAAAUCUUAAGGAGUCCAGUGUAGGGAAGUGGUGGAAGGAGAUAAAGAAUCUUUCUGGAGUUUCUGAUGAUUCUGGGCAGUGGUACCUCCAACUGGUUGAUGGUCUGAUUAUUGACUCCGUUGACUCCCUGUGUGACAAGAUCAAUGACUUUUUUACCUGCUCGCAACGCCAUGGGAAGCAGAAUUAGCGCUCCGCGGGAUCAAAGUAAAAAAAGCCCCUGGCCCGGACGGUCUCCCGAACAUAAUCUUAAAG